AUGCCGCCCAGAUCAGAGGUCACAUAUUUUGGUGCAGGACCAGGCCCACUGCCCACCGACGUUCUCGAGGACGCUGCCCAGGCCUUGCUCAACUUCAACGACACGGGCCUAGGGCUUGCCGAGCACUCUCACCGCUCUGCCCUAGCCACGAAGAUUAUUAACGAUGCGAAAGCCGACCUAUCAUCCUUCCUUGAUAUCCCAGAUAACUAUGAGAUCAUCUUUUUACAGGGCGGUGGCUCUGGAGAGUUCUCUGCCAUGGCUUAUAACUUUGCUGGCGCCUGGGUUGCUCGCAAACACAAGGAGCUGGGCUCAAAUGAUAGCUCUAUCCAGGAGCUCAAGUCAGCUGUUCAGGACUUAAGGAUGGACUAUAUCAUCACCGGCGGCUGGUCACAAAAGGCAGCGGCUGAAGCUGAGCGACUCUUUGGCCCUGAGCAUGUGCAUAUUGCAGCUGACAGUCGCAAGACGAACAACGGCAAAUUUGGCACGAUUCCUGACGAGACUACCUGGGAUCUAUCUCGUGAUAGUGCUAUGGUAUACCUAUGCGACAACGAAACGGUCCAUGGUGUUGAGUUUCCGCGAUUCCCGAAAUGUCUUGAGCCACGGCCUGAUGGGGGGCCGAUUGUUGUUGCUGAUAUGAGCUCGAAUAUUCUAUCCAGAAGGAUUCCUAUUCAGAAUUACGCGGCUAUUUUCUUCGGCGCUCAGAAGAAUCUAGGGUGUGCUGGGAUCACUGUUGCCGUGAUUAAAAAGGACUUCCUACCGCAGCCGUCUGCAACUUUGAUGAGACAACUGGGGCUACCGAUACCGCCUCGCAUCUUCGAGUUUGAGACAAUUGCCAAGAACAACAGCCUCUAUAACACACUGAGCAUCUUUGAUGUGUACAUUGCAGGCCAGGUUCUCAGAAGACUAUUGCUCCAGCACCCUGAUAAGGUCCGAGGGCAGGAGGCUGCAUCUGAGCAGAAGGCUCAACUUAUCUACAAAACCCUCGAAGAGUAUCCUGGUGUCUAUCAUGUCAUUCCCGACAAGUCAGUGCGAUCACGAAUGAACAUCUGCUUCAACAUCACAGGGGGCGAUGCUGCCGAGGAAGAGUUCCUGAAACAGGGUAUUGCCUGUGGGCUCACUGGACUAAAGGGUCACCGUGAUCUGCGAGGAAUCCGACUGAUUGACCUCUCUGAUAUCAUAUACACCUGGGGGUUUGGCUGGUAUCUGGCCUGGCUAGCCGCUGGCAAACGUCGUAACGUCGUGGUCGCGGACGGCUCGUUGUGCACAGGACAUCUCUACAGUUUACACGAGCAACUGAACAACGGCGGUGCCAACAUCGUCAAGAGCGCUCACCAGGAAGCCGCAUUCGACCUCGUCCUUCUUGCAAACUUGACCCUGAUAGAAAGAGGCAUUUUUGAGGAUUGGAAAGCCAUGCCGAACGCAGUGCAGAUUGUGUCAUCCUUUGUGGAGGGCGCUCCUCCCGGCGAGCUUGCAGAUGUUGUCGCAGACAUCAAGAGCCUGAACAGUGGCCUUGUCUCCGAGCUCGGUCCCGCCUUCAAGAAGUACAACGAGGAACAGUUCACGACGGUGAAGCUUCCCGGAGCCAGCCAGCACGUCAUUGUUAGUUCGCACAGCGCCCUUGGAGGCGACCGCUAUUACGAUACCGAAGGCUCAACAAGCUUCGCCUUCAACCAUGAGACGCAAAAGGCCAGCGCGGUCGAGAGCCAUGUGCUGUCCGGCCCACAGGCCGAACUUGCCAAAUACACAUUGAAGAGCUUGGCUCCUUACGUCAAGGAGCAUUUUUCUAAUGCUGCCUACGGUGCCUACCCUAUCGAGAACGACGAGAGGCUCGCGAUCAUCAUUGUUGCCAACAAAUACAGUCCAAACAACUUUUGGAAUGGUCGUUGGCGCUCGCUAUACAUCUUCAAUCCGAGCUCGGGAAGCUUCGAGGGUUCUAUCAAGGUCGACGUGCACUACUAUGAAGAUGGCAACGUUCGUCUCCUGACAGAGAAGCCCGUAACGGCUUCCAUCAGCUCGGGUACGGGGGCCGGCAUCGUAAAGGAGAUUGCAGCGGCGGAGAAGAGAUACCAGGAGGAGCUGAACAAAGGGUUCACCAACCUCAGUGAAGGAGCUUUCAAGGGGCUAAGGAGGCAGCUGCCAGUCACGCGUCAAAAGAUCGAGUGGGAUAAGGUAGCAAGCUACCGACUCGGCCAAGAUAUCGGUGGCGGCAGCUCAAGGCGAUGA